AUGGAACGUGAUGAACAUAAAGGAGAUGGUGAAGAGGAAGCGUAUUUAUCGGAAGAAUAUGUUGAAGUGGAGGAACCGGAGAGAUCAGGAGAAUAUCAUGGAUCAAAUGAUGGUUCUCGAACAUCUGAAGAUCAUCCAAGAAUUGAUGGACAACAGCAACAAAGGAUUGAAACCACUCAAAUACACGAUAAAAAGCAAAGUUUUGAUGAAUCUCGUGAUAAUAACCAAUUUAAGUAUAAUUCAAGACCGGAAAAUGCGACUGCCAAUAAUAAUAAUAGUCCCAUAAAUGGCAUAGAACAAUCCAAUCAUCAUACCGGAAUGGUUCCCGUUAUGGCAAACAAUAGCUUGCUACCAAGUCAAUCACCAUCCUCACAGAAUAUUAUCAUGAAUAACACUAUGAACAUUGUACAAGAACAUCCUGACGGGCCAAAAAUAUCAAACCAACAAGAAGCACAACAGUAUCAGCAACCAUCCGAAACGAAAAAGCUCACGCUUACACCGCCACUGCGUAGUGAACAUAAAGAUUUUCUUGAUAUGUCAGACGACGAUGAUGACAGUGGCCAAAAUACUAAAGUUAAUAAAUUUUUCGGUCUUGGAGAUUCGGAAAACAAGAAACAAAUGCCGAUGGAAGAAAUACUUAAAGACUUACCGCCUGAAGAAGAUAAACAAAAGGGCAAAAAGAAGAAAGAAGGAGGAAUACUUAAAAAAUUCUUCUCUAAGCGUAAGAAUGUCAAGAAAGAAGAAAAUAAAUCGUCAUUAUCGAAUGCUGCAGUUUCUAAUGUAUCCACAAAUAUGAAAACUGGACAUGCGAAUUCAAUUGAACCUUCACAACAAACUCGUCCUGCUCCACAACCUCAAAUUAAUAAAAAUCCACAAUCUCUGACACAAGGCAAACAAGUGCGUUAUCCUCAACCACCACAACAAACACCUUCACCUCAAAUAAAUCAACAACAAUUUCAAUUUCCUAAUAAUCAACCUCCAACUCAAGGCGAAAUACCACUACAAUCAAAUCACCUUUAUAAUAUGCCACCCUCUAAUAAUAACAAUCCACCUCAAAAUAUAAGUACUUCACCGGAACCUAUCAAAGAUCCACGAUUGCCUAUUGCAGCAAUGUCAACUCCAACAUCCCCUCUGACUAGUGUUUUCCGUAUAUAUGCGGGACAAAAUAUUCAAACAAACAUUGAAUCAAAGACAAUCUUAUUAAAGAAUUCUACAACUACUAAUGAUCUAAUACGUCAAUCAUUGACGCGAUUUAAAUUGGAUAGUCAAGAAAAUUGGGAUGAUUAUUAUAUCAGUGUUAAACCGAUACAUGGAGAAAUCAUAAAUUUAAUGCCAAAUGAUCACCCACUUGAAAUCUAUAACUCGUUCAACACUUCUCCCAACACUCCCUUACCAACAUUAAGACGCACUUCCACCUCAUCGAUCUCUUCCAACGCAUCAACCGUAUCCAAUCAUCAAGCGAUAAUAGCACUCGACAUUAACGAAUACGUUCAACAAAGUUCCAUACAAUUCUUCUUCAACAAGAAACUGACACAGACAAAACGUAAUAACCGUUCGUCUGGUGAAAAAAGAUUACGCGUGCAUAUAUUGAUAUAUGCAGAUGAUUUACCGCCACAACUCAGAAAAGGAAUUUCUGUGCCACGAACUUCAAUGUCGGUGCCAAAACACUUGGCUGAUAAAGCGGCUAGAAGGCGAUCACAUGGCGAAGAAGGAAAGCCAAAAGAAAAGAUUUUACUUGUUAAUGGAAGAGCUACGGUGGGAGAAGUUAUUGAGAAAGCAUUGGAUAAGUUUGGCAUAACUGAUGCUCUUGUAGAUGAUGACAAAGAUAUUGAAGACGAUGAUGAUGGAAAACUUAGAUACAAGUUAACGCUAAUAUCCGAAGGCGAAGAAAAAUCGUUACCGCCAAGUUCUCAAGUAGUUUCAGUCUUUCCAUCAACCCCAAAUUUUCAACAUUCAUCAACCGAUUCAAUAGAAUCAGCUAGUUCACUCAUUGCACCAGAUUAUAAUCCUGACGAGCCAAUAUUUGUCCUCCGACAGACAAAUAUUAAUGAUCAUCAACGAUAUGCAUUGCCAAAAGUCAUCGUCAAGCCUAAAUCUGAACAAGCAAAAAAUCAUCCAACAUCUGCUAAUUCACGUGAAAAUAACAAUCAGUCAUCACCUUCGAAGUCAUAUGAAAUCAAUGAUAGUAUUAUUACUACCACCACCACCACCAAUAGUAAUAUCACCAAUAAACUGCCUACCAAACUUGAAAAAAUAGAUGAAAAAGCUUUGACACGAAAACAACUAAUCGAGCAACAACGCGAAUACAGUCGCGCUAAACAACAUUCAAUUCUUUCCGCGCAAAAAAACUCUGAAAAAGGUGUUGAUAUUGUAACAAGGGUCGGAUCAAUCCGUAGUUCACGAAUAUUUGGCUCGAAAAUUCGAUACUCGUUUAUUCCAAAACAAGGAGAGGAGAUCGAUAUAAGUGAUAUAAUUGAGGAUAUUUGGGGUGAGGAAUUAGGUGAAGUGCAAAAUAAUGGAAUGCAGGCAAUUCCAACACUUAAUUUCACCCCAGCUGAAGAUGAUGUUCCGUUAAUUGCGAAUGUUUCAGUUGAUCCUCCGAGAUUUAGUAAAAAGGAAAAACGCCUGAGCACGAGAAACACCGAUAUUUUAGAAGUAAUUGUUGAAAAUUCUAACGAUAAGAUUGUAAAUCAGGUUAUGGAUGACAAAAUUGAGCAAGUAUUACAAAAAGUAAAAGCAGGUCAGCUUGCAAGUGGCAAUGCUAGCAUUACUCUAGCCUCACAUAAUCAAAAAUUUGCUGAUUCUAAUUUAUCCGACAAUUCCACAAGAGAACAAUCAUCGAUACAAAAUAAUAAUAACAUAACAUCUAAAAGUAUUCCUCAACUUAUUUCUAAUCCAAACAACAACGAAUCCUAUCUCGAUUCUCCAUCAAACUCGCCGUCAUCUUACUCCCCAAAAACUCCUCCAACACCGGAUGGAGGAUUCGCUCAAAAUCUUAAUUCUUCGCCUCCAAUACAACAAUCAUCGAAAAAUUUGAAUAGUCAAAACACAAACACCUCACAAGAUGCACUCCUACCACCACACUCUGGCUCUUCAACUGCAUCAUCUGCCGAAAGCGAUUGGGUAUUAUCAGAUGACUUUGGAUUACAAGAACUACUGAUACUCGUUAGAUCCGGUGUCAGUAUGAUUGAACAGAAAGAACGUCGUCGAAGUGGAUGGCGUUUAUAUGAUGACCCGGAAAAAGUGCUCGAACAAAUCAAUCCAGCCGAAUUUCGAGAGGAAAUUAAAUCAGUAUUUGUCAAUGUCAAUCAAGAACUAGAUGAUAUAGAAAAUCAACUUGAUUUAAUAAUGGAUGAUGCUGUGCGUGUAUUUUAA